AGACGUUGUAGUAGUCUAGGAGCUCGGCAUGGCGGUCCCUGCGGCAGCCAUGGGCCCCUCGGCGCUGAGCCAGAGCGGUCCCGGCUCAAUGGCUCCCUGGUGCUCAGUGACCAGCGGCCCGUCGCGCUAUGUGCUCGGGAUGCAGGAGCUGUUCCGGGGCCACAGCAAGACGCGCGAGUUCCCAGCGCACAGCGCCAAGGUGCACUCAGUGGCCUGGAGCUGCGACGGGCGCCGCCUGGCCUCGGGGUCCUUUGACAAGACGGCCAGUGUCUUUUUGCUGGAGAAGGACCGGUUGGUCAAAGAAAACAAUUAUCGGGGACAUGGGGAUAGUGUGGACCAGCUUUGUUGGCAUCCAAGUAAUCCUGACCUCUUUGUCACUGCGUCUGGAGAUAAAACCAUUCGCAUUUGGGAUGUGAGGACUACAAAAUGCAUUGCCACUGUGAACACUAAAGGAGAGAAUAUUAAUAUCUGCUGGAGUCCUGAUGGACAGACCAUUGCUGUAGGCAACAAGGAUGAUGUGGUGACCUUCAUAGAUGCCAAGACACACCGUUCUAAAGCAGAGGAGCAGUUCAAGUUUGAGGUCAACGAAAUCUCCUGGAACAAUGACAAUAACAUGUUCUUUCUGACAAAUGGCAAUGGUUGUAUCAACAUCCUCAGUUACCCGGAGCUGAAACCUGUGCAGUCCAUCAACGCCCAUCCUUCCAAUUGCAUCUGUAUCAAGUUUGACCCCAUGGGGAAGUACUUCGCCACAGGAAGUGCAGAUGCUUUGGUCAGCCUUUGGGAUGUGGAUGAGUUGGUAUGUGUGCGGUGCUUUUCCAGGCUGGAUUGGCCUGUGAGGACCCUCAGUUUUAGCCAUGAUGGGAAAAUGCUGGCCUCAGCAUCAGAAGAUCAUUUCAUUGACAUUGCUGAAGUAGAGACUGGAGACAAGCUGUGGGAGGUGCAGUGUGAGUCCCCGACCUUCACCGUGGCUUGGCACCCCAAACGGCCACUGCUGGCGUUUGCCUGUGAUGACAAAGAUGGCAAAUAUGACAGUAGUCGGGAAGCAGGAACUGUGAAGCUAUUUGGGCUUCCUAAUGAUUCCUAAUAGGAGACCCUGGCAGAGGCCUUCGUUUGUGUGGGAGAUGUUGCAGUCUUGCAUUUUUAAAAAACCCCAGAAAUAGCUUAAAGAUUACUAUAAUUCUGUCGUUUAAUGUCCUAAUGAAGAACUCUGUCAAAUGCAGGGACAAAGCAUGAAGUGCAUGGGUUAUAGCAAUCCUUCUAAGUUGUGUUAAAUAUCUAUGUAUGUAUACUUUCUUCAUUCCACAAAAGAUUUGAAGUGGCUUAUGACAAGCACUGAGUGAAAAAAAUAUAUAAAUGAGAAAUGCAAAAUCAGAGUAAGGUAAAUAUAAAUUAGAAUAGAAAGUUAAGACAGGGGAAAAGAAAUAGAAUAUACAAAGAAUGAAGGCCUACUUGAAUGACUGAACUAAAAAUUGGCUCUUAGCUCCCUGGUGGCAAAGUGAAGAGGGAGCUGAAUCAGUUCUCUUAUUCUUAGUUUUCAAAAGAAAAACAUGCCAGCUUCUUAGGGAAAGCAAAGCUUUUUUUUUGUUUCUUUAUUCAAGAAAUUGUGGGUUUACAGAACAAUCAUGCAUAAAAUAUAGAAUUCCCAUACACCACAGCUAUUAACAACUUGUAUUGAUGUGGAACAUUUGGUGCAAUUAAUGAUAGCACAUUUUUAUAAUUGUUCUAUUAACCAUAGUCAAUGGUUUAGAAAGCAAAGCUUUUGUUACCUCUUACCUCAAAAAGAAAUGGCCUAUAUAGGGGAUUGUUACAUAUAAAUAAUAUAUUGAUUUGUAUUGUAUUUUAAUGUAAUCUGGCAUAAAAAAGGUAAACAAAAUAGAAAUAUGCCCAAGUAAGUGAUGUUUAUAGAAAAUUUUGGGAAAAGCAGGUAAGUAAAAAGAAAACAAUACUGCUAACACCAAGAAAUACCCACUAUUAGCAUUUUGAUAUGUAUCUUCCCAAGAGUUUUCUGUGCUCAUGUUUAUGUAUAAAAAUAUAUGUUUACCUUCAUAAACUCUGGAGAAGAAGACAAAGCAAUAUGGUAAGAUACAUCAUGCACGUUGCUCAGCCCAGUUUUGGUCAGUAUUGUAAAUAAAUUAUAAUAGAUAUUUUUAGCUCUUGGGCAUUCUCUUUGAGUCUGGUACUGUAAAAAGCAUUUUCUAUCAGCUGCCUCUCAGUUUUUGUGACAGACCUCUGACAUUGGGUAUUAACCUCUAUUUUAUGACCUCAAGGAGUUUAAGUAAUUCAUUGUUACUCUCUAAGUAACAACAUUUAGAUCCAGGUUUACUUCAAGACCCAUCUGGCUUUUAUUAACAAUGGGUUACUUGGACUGUACAAAUAUUGCCAUUCCCAUUUUACAGAUGAGUAAGCCCUUGGUCUGAGAUGUUGACUGUUGCUCCAGAUUAGUGAGUGGUUAAUGGAGCCAGGUCUUCACGCUCAGUAGUGUUUUCUCCAGCCCCAAGAACAGCCUCUGCUUCCUGCCUUCCCUGAAGAAUGGUUUUUUUCAAUUAUAAAUCAACUUACCACUUCAUUAUCUCAGCUGCUCAGUGUUCAUAACACUGAGAAUAAACUUGGACAUGUGCUUUCUUG